AUGUCACAAACCAACGCUUCGACCGACCCGGAGCCACUGCAGACGCAGAUGCAGUCUGCGGUAGAACUGCCCAGUUCAUGGUACACGGCCCCCGAGGUCUUCCAGCUCGAGCGCCGGGCGAUCUUCUCACGCCAGUGGCUUCUCACCACCCACUCCCAGCGAUUCUCCAAGACGGGGGACUGGGUACGAUUGGACAUUGCCGGGUUCAACAUCCUAUUGAUCCGAGACAAAGACGGUACCGUGAACGCCUUUCAUAAUGUGUGCCGCCAUCGGGCAUUCCCCGUGGUCACCGAAGACCGGGGUACGUCCCGGAUCUUCUCUUGUAAAUAUCACGGCUGGUCGUAUGGCUUGAAUGGGAAGCUGGCCAAGGCGCCCGGGUAUCAGGAUCUGACCGGGUUCGAUAAGAGCAAGAAUGGGUUACUUUCGAUCCAUGCGCAUACAGACACCUACGGAUUUAUUUGGGUCAACUUGGAUGGGGCAGAGACGCCCGAGCUCGACUGGGAGGGCGCGCCUGGGCUGGACGGGGCCCAAUUGGACGGCAGCGUGAAUGCGGAGGCGUACUGCUUUGACCAUAUCGUGGAGAUGGCGGGGGACUUUAAUUGGAAGAUCUUGGCCGGCGGCGGCCAACUGAGCGAUCGCCUGCGUCGCCUCUCAGGCGCCAACCCGAGCUUGGCAGCGUCGUUAAGGGAUAACGAGGCAGACUCUGUCAUUGCCGCGACCUCGAUUUUCCCCAACAGUUCGGUGGUUGUGCUACCCAAUGCGCUCCUGAUUCAACGCUGUGUGCCGCUCUCGUCCACAAGAACUUCCAUGUACUUGGAAGUGUACCGCGAAAACGGGUCCAGUGACGAGGCCUUCCACGAGAUUGAUAACUUGCUGCAGCGCAUCCUGACCGAGAACAAACGCAUCUUUGAGGCCGCCCAAGCCGAUCUUCAAUCCAGCGCCGCGUCGCCCAACGGCGAAUCGGAGGACGCGCCUCGAGCAGAGAGUCCCCGGGACUUUGCUGGUCAAGUCCGUGGUCUGGUGACUGAAUUCCGCCACCGGGAGGAAGCCGCCGGUCAUGAGAUCUGGCCCUCGCGGCAAAUCCUCCCACCGGAGGCGACCACCAGCCGCGGCGAUCUAGAUUUCUGUUCGCGACUGACGACGCAGGGCCAGACUGCGGGCGACUGCACCACUUUGGAGCCGGACUGUCACGGACGCACAGCCUGCCAGUCGGCCAAUCCGGCACUGGCGUAUUGA